AUGCAGUGUACAAGCUACAUCCCUGUAUACCAUGAGAGGGAUCAUAGUGUAGGCUCGAGUGGCGUUAUGUGGCACCUAUUCAAUGGAUAUACUAAUUAUGGAGAAGAAAAUGGCUAUAACAAUGUUCCUUUGCAGCCAUUUAACAUGGAUCAUGAUAAGAAUGUGCUGAGGCAGAUUAUUCAGAAUCAUGACGCCACAUUUAGACAUCAGGUCCACGAACUACAUCGGCUAUACCAAAAACAAAGGGAGCUGAUGGAUCAGAUGAGGGCCAAAAAUGUCCUUCAAGAGAGUUUACCUUCACAAAAAACUUCCGAGUCGAAUCAUUCUCUUUCUCAUGCAACGUCAGCAGCCGACGAUGGAAUCUUUAUAAGAAAAGGAAGUUACAGUGACAUAAAGUUUCCAUUUCCAUCUUUUGAAAGUAACCGAAAUGGGAACACAACCUUCUUCGAUAUCGAUCGUACAGCUGGCGCCUGUCAUGAUGAUGAUGAUGAUAAAAGGAUUCGGUUUGGUGAGAGGAAUCUUUUCCGAGCUACCGAAAUUCGUUCCGAAAUCCAUAAUAAUAAUCCGAGAAUAUUGGACGAGAAAAAAUACCUUUUCAUCGAUCUAAACCAACCUUUAGAUGAUGAUUCUGGAUUUCAUAACUCUAACAGUAGCUCAGAUGGAAGAAAUUCACCGGUGAUGAUCAUCGAUUUGAAUUCUUUGCCCGUCGGUGGUUUUAUUCCUGAGACAGUGAGUUCUGAUCACGUCUCAAAUGUAAAGAAGGGAACUUCAGACGAGAUCAUGGAAAAGCUCGAUUUUGACUUGAACUCCGAAUUUGCUCCAACCGAGCCAUCGAGUGAUAGGACCGUACAGGGGCCCGUGAGCCCUGAAAACCAGGAGACUCUUCCUCCGAGAGGCAAAUGCAUUAUGUCCGAAGAUCAUCAGACUCAGCUAAAAGGAACUUCUUCAGUUUUAUCCAACCAAGAAAAUGGAGAACAGCUAAUAACAGAACUCGAUAAAAACGCUGCAAAUAUUUUGGUCUCGAUUUCCUCUGGUGGGACCCACAACUGCCUCCUCUCCUGGUUUGCGAAAAUUGUUGUUUUUGAAAAUGCUAAAAAAGAGAAAGAAAUUGCUAGUUUGUCCUUCGGGUCUCGGAAGGAGCAUCAUUCAGGAGGAAAAAGUUCAGCUCCCGAAUGGAAAAAAGUUGGGGAAGGUUUCCUUGAAACAGGAUCAUCGUCGAGGAGGAAGAAAAAGGCGGGAAAGAAAGCUAGCUCGAAAUCUAGAAGAUGUUCUUCGGAUAGGUUCAAGAAAUCGAUGAGCUCCAUCCUGAAGCAGCAUUUGGGGAGCUGGGGAAAGAUAAAGAAACGUGAAAGAGGACUUAGACGAAAGGCGAGUAAAUUUGUUUGCUAUUAG